AUGAAACGCACUUGCAAGUUGAAAAAGCGUGAUCACAUACUUAUGCACUUUGAGCAGACUGCGAAAUCUUAUUCCAUUACUGAAUUUGAUUGUCAUUUUCGCAAGAUCAAGCGAAAGGAACAUGUUGCUCAAUAUCUUGAAGAGGCAGGGUUACAUAAGUGGUCUAGAGCUCACAUGGAUGGACGCCGCUAUAAUGUAAUGACAACAAAUAUUGCGGAGUCAAUCAACUCAGUCCUUAGGUUUGCAAGGAUGCUGCCAGUGGUUCAUUUGAUAGGGGAAAUUGUUAAUCUCCUUGUGAAAUGGUUCACCGAACGUCGUGAGUUGGCUUUGAAUUGCACAACAACAUUGUGCCCCAAUUUUGGAGAGAAGAAGUUGAGGAACAGGUUGGAGGAUGCUGCAAGGAUGAAUGUGGUUAAAGUAAAUAAUGCACAGUUUAAUGUUUUGGAUGGUGAUAUGGACGGCCUCGUAGAUUUGACGAAAAACAGUUGUAGUUGUAGAAAGUUUCAGCUUGAGCAGCUACCUUGCAAGCAUGUAGUUGCAGUUUGCCGCUUCUUGAAAGUAAAUGUAUACGCAAAGGCUUCUCGGUAUUACACUCGGAAAACCUGGGUGGAUGCUUAUUCGGAUAGCAUCUACCCUGUACAACCUCACGGAAUGUGGGAUAUUCCUGAAGAUGUUCGAACUCGAGUUGUGCUGCCUCCGAUGGCAAGGGUCAUGCCAGGCAGACGAAAGAAGAUAAGAAUUCCCUCGCAAGGAGAGGGCACCAUUAGAAGAAAGUGCUCAAGGUGCGGUUCCGCAGGCCACAAUAAAAGCACCUGUAAAAACAAUAUUCCAUUGUGCAAUGUAUCUUAG